ACAGAGAACUAAACAAAGAUCUUCUCUAGGGACAUGCAAAAAGUAUCGAGAACAGUAACAACGCAAUACAAUGUAGGCAGUGUGUUUGAUUUUGUUAUCUAUGUUUUAAGUUAUCUUAACGUGUUUGAUGGCUUUGUUGCACUAGUUAGAUCAAAGUAAAUCUACCAACAUUUCCUAGGGUAAACGCCACGGCCGGGUGUGAAGUGACUGCGAAAAUAAUCAAUUAGAGAAAACUGACACCAGACUAGACGAUAAAAAAAAAAAAAAAAAAAAAAUUGACAAAUCUUGGUUGGAGGGGCUACGACAUAUCUGUGUAAUGUCGGGUAUGUGUGUGUGUGUGUGUAUAUAAUGGUUUAUUAACAAUAAAUGCAGCGUGUAAUUAUAUAAUGCCUAGUAGUACUAAAUUGCUCCUUGCCAAAACCAAAAGCAUAACAAAUUAAACAGUUUAUUGCAAGGUUUCUUCUUAUCUGUUUCAAACUGAGCACUGACGCAUACACCGGUACCAGCCAUUCUGAACUACGUGAGGAGCUGAUGUUCCAAGAAAAAAGAAAGAAAAAAAAGCUGCACAGCUUGUCUCCGGCCCCACCCCCACUGUAGCAGAUAGCAAUGUUUCUCACCUGGAAUUGUUGGCAGCUCUGCAUGAGGCGCUGCUGCAGUGAAAAUGGUCUGUAUGUCUUUAAGGCGCCCAAGAGCUGCGCCACUUGCUUUGUGUUUUGGUGAAGUGCAGCAUAGCUCACGCCAUCAGAAGAGAACAUCAGCAUGAUUUUGUUCUGAAUAAGAUUUGGGAAGACUUCAAAAGGAACACAAUAACAAAUACCUUAAUAGAACUAUACACAAAUAAGAUUGCCAACACGUGUGAAGGUUGCAUCACAGAUUUUGUGGCAGUCCUCAGAAGAGCAGGGAUGAGGUCAGGGAAUGCUGUGAUCCCAGCUGCAGCUGUGUUCUUGUUACUUCUGUUGGGACUGUCACUGACUGGUGCCUGCAACAAGGCACUUUGUGCCAGUGAUGUCAGCAAGUGCCUUAUCCAGGAGCUGUGUCAAUGCCGACCGACAGAUGGGAACUGCUCGUGCUGUAAGGAGUGCAUGCUGUGCCUUGGCACUCUCUGGGAUGAGUGCUGUGACUGCGUAGGAAUGUGCAAUCCCAAAAACUACAGCGAUACACCGCCGACGUCUAAGAGCACGGUGGAGGAGCUGCACGAGCCAAUCCCGUCUCUGUUCCGGGCACUGACAGAGGGGGAGACACAGCUCAACUGGAACAUUGUGUCCUUCCCUGUCGCCGAGGAGCUUUCCCAUCACGAGAACCUCGUCUCCUUCCUCGAGACUCUCGACGAAGCACAGUCCCAGAAUGUUUCUGUCCCUGGCAACAGCAUCCACGCACGCUACGACAGCGACAAAGAUCACAUGUGCACAGUGGUCUACUUUGAUGACUGCAUGUCUAUCCACCAGUGUAAAGUCUCGUGUGAAUCCAUGGGAGCCUCCAAAUACAGAUGGUUCCACAACGCCUGCUGUGAAUGCAUAGGCCCUGAGUGCAUUGACUACGGCAGCAAGUCUGUCAAGUGUAUGAACUGCAUGUUUUGAAAAAGACUCUUUCUCAAGAACACAGUACUUCUACAAUGGACAACAAAUACAAAGAACAGCAGAAAAGGAGUAAUGAUGACUCUGCCAUCCAGAACUGUGCAAAACAAAAAAUAAGUUGUCAUUUGUAUUGUAGUUUCAUAUUAAGAUGAUGUAAAAUAUUUGCCUUCGCCAAAUCCUUUUGUAUGUUUUACAUUUUUACUGUAUAUUUUUAGAAGUUUUAUAGGUUUCUACCUGAGAUGUAUAUCUAUAGUACAGUAGAUUUGAAUUUUUUUUUUUUCAGGAAUCUACACCUGCAUAGCUGAUCCAUCUUCACUAUGCUUGCAAAUAAAUGCUAUGCCAAAAAAAUUAAAUAAAUAAAUCCA